AUGAAGGCAGGAGCAGCUAUUGAGCUUGGUCAUGGUGAGUCCAACUCCAAAGGGAUAGCUUCAACCACUGCAAGCGCAGGGGUGAAUCGAGGAGCAUCUAUCCUCGACUUCAUUCUGCGUAUAGUUGCGUUUCUUGGGACAUUGGUGAGCGCAAUCGCCAUGGGAACCACCAGGGAAAGGCUUCCUUUCUUCACUCAGUUCCUUCAGUUCAGGCCUGAGUACGAUGAUCUUCCCACAUUCACGUUUUUCGUGGUUGCGAAUUCCAUUGUGUGCGCCUAUCUGGUGUUUUCUCUAGCCCUUUCCGUCUUCCACAUCAUACGAAGCAAUGCUAAGAAGAGCAGGAUUAUCUUGAUCUUCUUCGACACGGCAAUGCUUGCUCUUCUGAUGGCAGGUGCUUCUGCAGCAGCAGCUAUUGUGUACUUAGCACACAAGGGAAAUGCCAAGGCGAAUUGGUUUGCCAUUUGCCAACAAUUCAACGCCUUCUGUGAGCGUAUCUCUGGCUCUUUGAUCGGAUCUUUUGUUGGAGUUGUUGUGUUCAUGCUCUUAAUCUUGCUGUCAGCUGCGGCCCUCUCUAAGCGCUGAGCGUUUAACACAUGCUUCGUGCGUCAGUUUGUUGAUUCACGUGACAGAGUGAAUUUGCGUGA